AUGUAUCACCUAUUCAAGGGGUUGUACUACUAUGCCACGACGAAGGAAGAGUACUCGAUACUCCUCCUCGGUCUCGACAAUGCCGGCAAAACGACCCUCCUCGAAAAGAUAAAAUCAAUCUACCUCCCCGGCGCCCCUUCUCCAAAACAAGGCGCCCAACCCCCCACCGUCGGCCAAAAUAUGUCCACAAUCCCCCUCCCUCACCCUCAUCCGCCCAUCUACCUAAAACUCUGGGACAUCGGCGGUCAAGAAUCCCUCCGAAACCUAUGGACACAAUACUACACUUCCUCUCACGCAAUAGUCUUCGUGGUUGAUUCGACAGAUAAAGCCAGAAUAGAAGAGUGUAGAGAUGUACUGGAAAUUGUGACAAAUGCAGAAGAUACAGAGGGGAUUCCGAUAUUGAUGCUGGCGAAUAAACAGGAUAGGGAGGAGAGUUUGGAGGUUGAGGAGAUUAAAGAGGUGUUUAAUAAGAUUGCGGAGAGGUUGAGUGCUAGGGAUAGUAGAGUUUUGCCGAUUAGUGCUUUGACAGGAACUGGCGUUAGAGAAUCUGUAGAAUGGUUGGUAACGAGGAUCAUGAGGAAUAAGGAGUAUAGACCUCCGCUGAUGCGGUGA